AUGUGGCGCCGCAUAAAGGAGCUGACCAUCACGAUCACCAGGAAGACGAAUAAGCCUAGUCCUGUGAUCAUGAUCUCGCUCUGCAUCUUCUCGCAGAAAUCGACGGGCUCGAGAGGGUGGCCGAACUGCCCGAGGUGCUGUCGGCAACCGUGCCCGAAGAAGACGAAAAACACGAUGGUGGCGAAGAUGAUGAAGAAGCACGUGAUGUAUCCCAGGACAAUGUGGAAGAACGUCAUGUGCUCCAGAGGGACGAAAUUUCGAAUCCUUGUUCGAGCAGCCAGGGCAAGAAGGUGGCGGCUCAUCGUGACAGGCAGCCACACCAUCUGCCAAAGGAUGGCGUGCUUGAGGCCAAACAACAGCGGCGGAAUCAAACGCUUCUUCCAGUAG